CUUACUUUAACCAAUUUUUGUGCAAGUCAAAUGUUUUUAUUAUUUAUUGUGCCAAUUUUAACAUUUAUUCUAAUACAUUCAACACUAUUUCAAAGUAUUAUCUUGAAAUGGUGGAAAAAGGCAACCCCAAAAGAAAGAGAACUGUUCUCCCAAGUUUUUAAACUUAAAAGGGAGCAAAACACUUUAAACAUGGUGGAUGAUUUUGCAAAAUAUUCGAAAAUACAAAGAAAAAUAAACGUCAUCGAACUAGAACUAGAAGAGCUAAAAGGAAACAAAAAUACAACUGUCCCUUUAGGUCUUGCUAUUAAGUAUGGGUUGAAAGUUAUUAUUUCUUUAUUACUCCUUAUUAUGUCUAUAUACUUUAGAAAUACGCCAGUAUUUACAAUUGAUAAAAGUCUAGAUCUUGCUCCAUUUAAUUAUAUUAUAAGUUAUCCAAAUGAACUUAAUCAUGUGUCCUUUCAUUUUUGGGUGAUAUGUUGUACUUCAAUGGCAGAACUAAUAAAAUUAUAAACGCAAAUGUUUUUUUUAACCAAG